GAAGUCUUGUCCGCAACAGCGACACGACCUUCUCCUUCGAGAUUGGGGGAAUCAAGUUCAAGGCGCCGGACUCUGCGGUACCGGGCAUCACGAAGGCCGAUAAUCUCGAGGAGGGGCCUUUGAAGAUCGCAGUUUUGGCAUCUGCAAACGACUGGACAUCACUGUCUCCGCUGGGGACACCAGCCGCGCGCAGUGGACACACGAUGGUCUGGGAUCCCGGCGCAGACGACGGAGGCUUCUGGAUGUUUGGUGGGGAGCUGUUACUCAGCAUCAAGUCCAACAACCUGUACUUCUACAAUGCAGCUUCAAACCUCUGGACGCAGAAAGCGUCGGGCCCCGCGGCUAGAUACCGCCAUUCUGCAGUGUUGGACCCCACGGCAAGAACCAUGUACGUCUUUGCAGGCACGACUCUGGCCUCCGCUGGCAACACCUUUAACGAUCUCCAUCUCUAUGAUGUGCAACUCGACUCCUGGACCGAGCUUACCGGCACUGCCGGGCGGUCAAGGCACACGGCGGUGUGGGAUAGCACCAGCGAUCGGAUGAUCGUGUUCGGGGGCUUGGACGAUAUGCUGAACAAGCUGGAUAGCCUUGCGGAGUACGACCGGGCCACAGACAGCUGGUCCAGCCCAGCGGCAGUGGGCCCGGUAGCGCGCGACGGUCACGUGGCCGUUUGGGAUCCUGCUACCGGCACUAUGCUGAUGUGUUGCGGUGCCUCCUCUGCGGCAACCCUCGGUGAUCUGUGGAGCUACAACGGCGCCUGGAGCCAGCUUGUUCCAUCGGGCAGCAUCACGGCCCGGAGCUACGCCUCCGCAGUCUGGGAUCCUCAGGCGGGAGCCUUGCUGGGCUUUGCUGGUUCUGGCGGUUCCAAGCUGAACUCCCUGUUCUUGUAUUCUACAAGCGCCAACAGCUGGAGCGAGUACACUGAGACGGGCCCUCCUGCGCAAGACAGAGGUGCGGUGGCCUGGGAUCCCGUCAACGGGCGUCUCUACGCCUUCGGUGGCUACGACUGGCUUGGCCUGUUGGGUUCGCUGUGGAGGUUCGAUGCAUCUCAUACGUCCAUGACCAGCACGAGUUCUGCAACAUCAGCGACUGAGACGGCCACCACGACCAACACGACCCUGACAACAUCAACAGUCUCCUCAACGAACGUCCACCACACGAAGUACCGUUUCAUCAACCUCCACAUCCUCUACCUCUACGACUGCAUCUUUCACAUCUUCGACCGAAACGAGUUUGACAACUACAUCCGGAACCACUACUGUCACUACCGCCACGGUAACGACAAUAACCCAGACAUCUUCAACAGCUUCGACCUCAACGGCCACGUCCGUGACUUCGUCUUCCACUUCAGCGACGACCUCGACAGCAACUGCCACUUCUGUGACAACCUCUUCCACGUCAACUACAACAUCUGUGACGUCAACCUCGUCCACAUCAACAACGUCAAUCACAUCUUCAAGUUCCGUCUCCCGAACGACCUCCUUGACGGCCACUACAUCCUCCACGCUCUCGAAGAGCACCACAUCCACCGAAACCUCCAGAACCGGGUCAAUCACCUCACAGUCCUCGACUACGAC